AUGCCGCCGCCUCGUCCGUGUGUAGGAUCGUCGGGUUUGGUUCGCCGUGGAACCGAGGUGACAGAGAAACUUGCACCGCCGAGGUGGGAGAAGUCUAUACUUGCAAGAUUCGGACGAGGUGACGACGGAAGCUCGUGCCACCGAGGUCGAUUCGAUUCAGAGGUGUCGAAGCAAUCACUGAGGCUAAGGGGCUGUCGACCGAGGUUGAUCGGAGAAGACGCGGUGGUUUUGUUCAAGAACUUUGGCGGAACCGAGGUGUUUGAGAACUUAGGCGGAACCGAGGUGACAUCUUCUUUGCAACCGAGGUGA